AAUUUGCCAACCGUUGGUAAACAAAUACACAUCAAAAAAAAUAUUUCUUUUGCUUAUUUGUUAAACGAGAAAAAAACCGUGGUUUUAUUCUAAAAAAAAAUAAAAAAUUAGAUGGGGAGUACUGGGAAAGCUGUUGUAACUGGUUUUAUUUGUAGAUUGUGUUCAGAACAGAAGAAAAUUGUUAUUCAUCUUUAUACCGAUAGGGCUAGAAAGUUGAGGUUACUAGAAAAAAUUAAAUUGUUGCCAAUAUCUGUAGAGAAAUAUGAUAAUCUUCCAAAAAGUAUUUGUGAACAGUGCGUCAGUAGAUUAGAGGCUCAAUAUGAUCUUUUACAAAAGAUAAGACGAAGUAAUACUAUACACCAUAGCCACAGACUUUACCAUAGUAAUGGCAGAUGUCCGACUGAGUGUCCUCUUCAUGGUAUAGACGAUCCUUCAUUGUCGGAAGUGGACGCAGGCGAUUCAUCAGAGUCAUAGUUGUGGUUAUUUAUAUUGCACAUUUACAAGUAAAUAAAAUUACAUAUAAAAUAAUAGUAACUAACCAUUAAUUAAUGUUUGUUAAGUAAAUCCAAAAUGUUUAUUCUCUUAAUUUGUAUUAUUUACGCGUUUAUAUUGCCAAAUAUUCAUACCUGAAUUAAAUAUUCAUAUCAAAUGUU